AUAUUCAUUAUAGAAUAGUGCUAAAUAUUAAGGCACAGAGGGGUCCGAGCGUGACUGUCAAAUCUACAUUCUCUCUCUUUCUUUCUUUCUCUCUCUCUUUCUCAAAUUCAUUCACAGGGCACACAAACACACAACACCCUUCGCUUCACAGAUUCGAUUCAAUCGCCGAUCUUUUUCAAUUAUCACUCUCUUCUUCCUCCUCGGGAAUCCCUCGUCUUCCUCUUUCAAUCUCUGUCCCUUCUCCCUCACUACUAUAAUGUUCCAGAUUUUCAAGAUUCUUCUUUGGAAGUCUGUGCUUUAGGGCUGGUUCUGAUUUACUUGAUUAACCUUUUGACUGGGAGAAACAAAGAAUGGAGGGUGACACAUUCUCUGGGCUUGGCAAUGGUACUCAAAUUGAUAGCAAGAUUUUGCAGUCAUUUCAGAAGAGCUUUGUUCAAGUGCAGAACAUCUUGGAUCAGAACAGGGUUCUCAUCAAUGAGAUAAACCAGAAUCAUGAGUCCAAGGUGCCUGACAACCUAAGCAGGAACGUUGGCCUUAUUAGGGAGCUCAACAACAACAUAAGAAGAGUGGUUGACCUCUAUGCUGAUCUUUCAAGCAACUUUACCAAAUCCAUGGAAGUUUCUUCUGAAGGGGAUUCCAGUGGUGCUGUGAAAUCAGAUGGUAAAGCCACCCACAAGCGACACAGGCCUACUUAGGCACCUUACUUUCUUUUUCUUUUUCUUCUCUGUUUUCUUUAUUGCUUGGUGGAGUAGUAGAACAACAUUAGGCUGAAUCUCGUCAUCACUUCUUACAACUCAAAAUAAGAAAAAAAAAAAAAGAAGAAUGAUUUUCCAGAAUUCCUCCCAUAACUUGGUAACUGUUGAUCUUAUAGAAAUCGACCAUGUGUGUGUUACUAAUGUAAUCAUGCCGUGUUGUUUAAAAGCUAAAUGCAAAUGCCUUUUCUUUUCAUCA